AUGGCUUUAGCAAUGCAGUCAUUGCCACGCUCCACCAGAGUCCUGGUCCAAAGGGGAUCAGGACGGCUUUUCACACGAUCAUUUUCCGUCUCGCCGUACCGAUUCGUCUCCGAAGAUCCAGUCGUCCCUCCUCCGCCAAAGGACCUGAAGGCAGAGGACUACCCGCCAAUGCCGGAGUACUCCCCAGAAGCAUUGAGCAAGGAACAACGCUCAAUGUAUGAUUUGCUAUCCCCGGAGGACCGCGCAGCUUUCGACGCUGAGAACAAGCGCCUCGUCGAGCAAUACAACGAUGUCUCCUACCGCAGUGCUAUAUUCGCCGAGCUAGACAAGAAGGUCGACCAGAUUGACAGAGCUGAAGACAUACGAUUCGAAGAUGUCCGCAACAAAUCGCGCGGAUUCUGGUCCGAGGAUGAAGAUGAUGAGUUCGCAUUGGUCGAAGACGGCGACGAGGAAGUCAACGACGACGAAAUUACCUCUAUGGCUCAUGCGGAGGUGGAAUUCCAUCGCGAAAUGAGAGAAUACGCCCGCAUCGCCGCCUGGGAUAUGCCAAUGCUAAGCAAGCUCGCACAGCCCUUUACCCUGCCUCCUCAAUCCCAUAUCCUUCGCUUCCGCUAUACCACCUACAUGGGUGAACAGCACCCUGCUGAGCCAAAAGUCGUUGUUGAGCUCGCAUCUAAAGAUUUAACUCCUACGCAUCUUACCGAAGCCCAGCGCCAGACCUUCCUAAAGCUGGUCGGCACACGCUACAACCCCCAAACCGACGUUGUCCGCAUGUCCUGCGAGCAGUUCGGCUCCAGUGCCCAGAACAAGCGCUACCUAGCUGACACUGUCAAUGCUCUUAUCAAAGAGGCUAAGACAGGCGAUGCUUUCACUGAUAUCCCUCUUGAUCUCCGUCACCACAAGCCCAAGUUCCGCCCCCAGUUCCCCGAUUCCUGGAAGAUGACCGAUGAGCGACGGAAGCAGCUCGCUGCCCGCCGGGAAGAGCGUUACAAAGCCGAGAAGCAGCGUGAUAUCGUCAAUGGCAACGAAGUUGUUGGCUCUGCGGUUCUUGCGCUUCCCGAGCUUAACCCUGCCCUGAAGGAUCAAGCUACCAAGGAACGGGAGCGCGUGGCUGUUAAGGUUGGAGCUCGUGGGAAGAAGCCUGUUCGCCGAUGA